AUGUAUAUCCCCGGCCACUGUGGUGGGCGUUGCAAUCUUCAAGGUGAGAAGGCGCUGGUCACCGUUGAGCCUCUCGCUCAGUCCCAUACAUUAACAAUGGUAAAAUUAUUUAGUCCGACUGGGCAAUCUAACGAGAACACAACUGUGGAAGACCACUUCAAUAUCUCAACAACCAAAACUUCGGAUUCCUUCUCGCUUGCAGGAACUUUACAUGCAAACACUUCCCUUGGAUACGCUUCACAGAACUUCGAACCUAUCUGGAUGCCUACAUGUAACUCCAGCUACUACUACGGGAAUUACACGCUGGCAGUAUCACAACUACCAGGAGACUGGUGGUGGAGCACACAAGGCUGGACAAACUUCAAAUUACCAUCCAUGAACGCAACUUUAAACGGGAAAACCGCCAAUCUCACUUUGGAGGGAAAAUUCGCGGCAUACCCGUAUCUGAGAGCGAAUGAUACGGGGUAUAUUGGCACUCCGGAUGGUGGUGAAAUCAGCACUGGAGAUUCGGUUCAGGGUACUAUUCGAUUCACCUUUAAGGGCGACUUGGAUCUUUAUCAUUCCGAUGUACUGAAUAUGAGCACGACCGUGCCGACGUGGCUUCGGACAGUUGGAUUUGGGAACAACUCGAUGAAUGUUGGGUAUACCUCCGACGGUCAGGGUCGGCCUAGAGUAGGAGCUGCUAUUAUCGCUAUGCUCUUUGCUAUCUUUGAGGCGUUCAUUUGA